AUGCAAGGACCAACAAGGGGCAUUAUCGCCUUGAUGGUGAUCGCCAUCGCCACCGUCUUCAUCGCCGUACCGGUGCAAUCCCAGAAGCUACCGAGCUUCCUGGCGACUCCGGUAUGCCGUGAUCGUGGCCAGUACCUGAUCGCACAUCCCCGGGACUGCCAGGCGUAUUUCUACUGCUUCGACGGUCAAUCGUACUACGGUCAGUGCAAUGCUGGGUAUCGGUUCGAUGCCGUUCGGCAGUCCUGCCUUCAGUCGACGGUCCGGGAGUGCUACAGCUGUCCGGCGGACGGUGCCUCCAACCUGCCGCAUCCCACGUCCUGCCAAAUGUUCGUGUUGUGCUACCUGGGUGUCGCCCAUGAGCGCACGUGUCCGGACGGUCUCCUCUUCAACGCGGCCCUCGGCCAGUGUGACCUGCAGCAGAAUGUGCAAUGUACCCGGCGGCCAUAA